AUGUCAUUCAUGGAGUACGAAGGCCAGCGUCCUUGCCUAUCGCACAACGUUUCAUAUCAGAACUAUAUCUACGACAACCGCCAUGCUCCGUUAACACUUGGUCACAAUACACGAGAGAAUCCUCGCAGCUACCCUGUUGGUGGCCCCGUUGGUGGCAUGCACACACGAGCCAUGCUGGGUGGAGAGGACCAUAUGGUAGAUUCUGGCCCCGUAAGACGUCGCAUUGCAGUAGCGGUGGGGUCUGAUGUCGUCCACAAAGUCAUGGACAAUAUCAACAUGGCCCACAACUUGAGCAACAUGGCGGGUGCACAACAAAUGAUGCCUGUGUAUCAGACAGGAGGUAACAACUCAAUUUAUCAGCGCGGGAUACCCAUUCAAUGCUCGCAAUACCCAGCUUGGACUGUUCCGUUUCCCGAAGAUGCCUCCCGUGUGGAGGCAUUUAACCUGGAACAGCCACCAGGAUACGUACCAAACACGGCACCGAUGGCAAAUACAAACAUUUACGGAUCCUUGUAUCGAGGAAAUGAUCCAAGGGCGAGAUCGCUGGGGGGUGCAUGCUUCGAUCCAGAAUCAUUCAACAGUCUGCCUUGUGCCAAUUCGAAUGGCCGGGUAACUCCACCCGACAUUUCUCCCCUGAACGCCGGCAUGUCGUCUCUUCAAUUGUCUCUGCCCGAGAGAUCUCUUCCCCGACAAACACGCCCAUCAGAGCCCAGCGUCCCUCGGAGGCAUCUACCAAUGCCACAACCCAAUCCAGUUCAAUCCAAUCGUAACGCUGUAGACAAAGCACAAGACGAGCGUCUCCGAUCUGCUCGGGUAAGCGAUGCAUCCGCCAUUGAUAACAGAGGAUCCUUUGCAAGGCCGCCAAUGUCUUGGGUAGUUGAGGGAGGCAGCCAAGCAAAUGCACCAGUGGCGUCUCCGACGAACGAUGCGAAACAAGUCAUUUCUCAACCCAGACUGCAUGAUAGCACAGAAAACCCAAUCAGCUACUAUACCACCACUGGAGAUAUAGCCACAACAAGCACGGGUUCUCAGCUUGACUUGACCUUUAGCACCUCGGGUCUUCUCGAUGGAAUGAGCGCAUCUGCACAAGCCACCGCGUACUCUUGUGUCCGUGGAACUCACCAGAUUGCACCGGGAGAUCAAUCAAAUAUUCACAGCUUUGAAAGCAAACACUCGGCGAAACGGAACUUCACAGUUAGUGAUUUAUCGAGCAACCACCCGUUGGACACCAGUCAUCGCUAUACUCCGUUGAAUCACUCUCCACCUCAAAACUCACCUGGCAGCCGCAAACCCCAUCGCGAAGCAUGUCAUGGCCGAAGCACACGGUUACAACGCACUUCUGUGGGUAGCUUGAAUGCUACAUACUAA